CGUACGAUCGUAAAUCAGAGAGCAGAAAAAUGUACAAACGGGCGGUUGUGUUACUAGCCGUAAUCGGCGCAUGCCUCGCCGCCAAAGCACUAAUGAAGCCAGACCCAAAACCGGAGAAGUUUAAGAACGUAGAGGGAUGUUACAUCAAGCAAUUGGACCAAGUUAUUCCGUACGGUGAGUCGGCGCCAUCGCAACACCAUUGCAUGGAGUACAGAUGUGGUGGCGAAUAUGUUGAUGUGGUUUCAUGUGGCGCAGUAAGCGCCGCUCCGCCGUGUCAAGUGGUUAAAUACGAAGAUGUACGAGCACACCCAUACCCUAAAUGCUGCCCACAAAUUAAAUGUCCUCAAAAAUGACCUGUAUUUCGAUAGCAUUACUUAUUAUAUUAUCUUAAACGUUAUUCGAAAGGAAAGGAUUAAAAGGAUUUUUUUUAUUAUAUGAAAAUAAAACUCGAUAGAUAUUG